GGUAAAACUCCAGUGUAAUUAUAAUCAGUACUAGCAGCAGAGUAGACAUUGGGAUUCUCUUGUUUAAUCCGAUUACUUAUGGCCGAAUCAAUCACUGUGUUUUUAUAAGUGCUUUUCCCGAAAGCUGUUUCCCAUGUAGUUGUAGUGGUUUUGAGUUUGGGUUUUUGAUUCUCCUCAAAAUCAAAGACUCAGAGCAGAGCUUUCUCUUUAGUGGGAAAUCCAAAUUCUUCAUAGAAAUAGUUCAUUCCCAAUGAAUUUAGGUUUUAGGGUCUUUCAUUUGGUGUUUGUGUGUGUUGUUUGUUGGGUUUUGCCAUUUGGAUUUGGGUCUUCAAAUUCAAGUUCAAGACCAGCGGUCGUGAACAUUGGAGCAAUUUUCACCUUUGACUCCACCAUUGGAAGAGUUGCCAAGCUUGCCAUCCAGGAAGCGGUCAGAGAUGUCAACUCCAAUUCCAGCAUUCUCCAUGGCACCGAGCUUGUUGUACAUAUGCGGACCUCCAAUUGCAGUGGCUUUCUUGGAAUGGUUCAAGCUUUGCAAUUCAUGGAGACUGAUAUUGUGGCCAUUAUAGGCCCACAAUCCUCUGUUGUUGCCCAUAUCAUAUCCCAUGUUUCAAAUGAACUCCAAGUUCCCUUAUUGUCAUUUGCAGCCACAGACCCUACUCUCUCGUCCUUUCAGUUCCCCUUUUUCGUUAGGACUACACACAGUGAUUUAUAUCAAAUGACUGCUGUGGCUGAAAUCGUUGAUUAUUAUGGUUGGAAGGAGGUUAUUGCCAUUUAUAUUGAUGAUGAUUACGGACGCAAUGGAGUUUCAACUUUAGAUGAUAAACUUGCCGAAAGGCGCUGUAGAAUUUCAUACAAGUUAGGAAUUCCCCCUGGACAUGGAGCUACCCGGGGUGAGCUCAUGGAUCUUCUUGUUAAGGUCUCCCAAUUGGAAUCUCGAGUUAUAGUUCUUCAUGUCAAUCCUGAUUUAGGUCUCAAUGUUCUCUCUGUGGCACAAUAUCUUCAAAUGAUGGGUGAUGGAUUUGUGUGGAUAGCUACAGAUUGGCUAUCGUCUCUUUUGGAUUCUGCUCUUCCUCUUUCUCCUGAGAUCAUGGAUACGAUGCAAGGAGUUCUUGUGCUGCGCCAACACACACCGGAUUCUGAUAGAAAGAGGGCCUUUUUCUCCAAGUGGAACAAGCUAACUGGUGGUUCCUUGGGACUGCAUUCUUAUGGGCUUUAUGCUUAUGAUUCCGUUUGGCUGGUUGCUCAUGCUAUUGAUGCAUUUUUUAACCAGGGUGGGAUUAUUUCGUUCUCUAAUGAUUCUAGGAUAAAUUCUGUAGACAAAGGUGGUAGUCUUCACCUUGCGGCAAUGAGCAUAUUUGAUGAUGGUCCGCUCCUAUUGAAAAAUAUAUUGCAGAGUAGUUUUCUUGGGUUGACAGGCCCUGUGAAGUUUGAUUCAGAGAGGUCUCUUGCUCUUCCAGCAUAUGAUAUUAUUAACGUGCUUGGUACUGGGUUUCGACGAAUUGGUUACUGGUGCAACUAUUCUGGUUUAUCAACUGUCCCCCCUGAGAUGCUCUAUUCAAAGCCACCUAAUCGUUCAAGUGCAAGCCAAAAAUUAUACAGCGUUGUCUGGCCAGGCGAGAUGGUGUCAAAGCCCCGUGGUUGGGUUUUCCCAAACAAUGGGAAACAACUAAGAAUUGGUGUGCCUAUCCGGGUCAGUUACCGAGAAUUUGUAUCACAAGUUCGGGGGACUGAUAACAUGUUCAAGGGUUUCUGCAUAGAUGUAUUCACAGCUGCUGUAAACUUGUUGCCAUAUGCUGUUCCAUAUCGAUUUAUCCCUUUUGGAGAUGGCAAGGAAAACCCAAGCUACACAGAGCUUGUGACUUCCAUUGCAACGGGUGUCUUUGAUGCCGCUGUUGGUGACAUUGCCAUUGUUACAAAUCGUACAAAGAAUGUGGAUUUUUCACAGCCAUACGCUGCAUCUGGACUUGUUGUAGUUGCUCCGUUUAAGAAAUUGAACUCCAGCGCUUGGGCUUUCUUUCGGCCAUUUACUGCACGUAUGUGGGUUGUCACUGCUGCUUCCUUUCUUGUUGUUGGUAUAGUUGUGUGGAUUUUGGAGCACAGGAUAAAUGAUGACUUCAGAGGUCCGCCUAAAAAGCAAUUAAUAACCAUCUUGUGGUUUAGCAUCUCUACUCUGUUCUUUUCCCAUAGAGAGAACACUGUGAGCACCCUUGGUCGCGUAGUGCUAAUCAUAUGGCUCUUUGUGGUUUUGAUAAUCAACUCAAGUUACACCGCUAGUCUGACAUCAAUACUCACAGUGCAGCACCUAUCUUCUCCUAUUAAAGGAAUUGAAUCCUUGAAAAGUAGCAAUGAGCCAAUUGGUUAUCAAGUUGGUUCCUUUGCUGAACAGUAUUUGAGUGAGGAACUUGGGAUACCCAAGAACAGGCUUAUCGCUCUUGGGUCUCCUCAAGCAUAUGCGCUGGCGCUCCAGCUUGGUCCUAAAAAGGGAGGUGUUGCUGCUGUGGUUGAUGAACGCCCUUAUGUUGAACUCUUCCUCUCAUCCCAGUGCAAAUUUAGGGUUGUAGGACCAGAGUUCACCAAAAGCGGAUGGGGAUUUGCAUUUCCGCGGGACUCUCCAUUAGCUGUUGACAUGUCAACUGCAAUUCUACAACUAUCAGAGAAUGGAGAUCUGCAGCGUAUCCAUGAUAAGUGGCUAAUGCAAAGCUCUUGCAGUUUAGAUACCACUGAACUUGAGUCAGACCGGCUUCAUCUUAAAAGUUUUUGGGGCCUCUUUCUCAUAUGUGGAAUUGCUUGCUCCGUUUCUCUCUUCAUAUAUCUUUUGCAAGUUUUGAACAAGUUACGCCAUGCUGAAGUCACACAACAUAUUUCAACUAGUCCAGGCAACUCCCAAUCUGGGCGUCUCAAGAGAUUUUUAUCCAUAAUUGACGAGCGGAAAGAUCAGUCCAAUAGUGGAAGCAAAAGAAAGAAAAUAGUUAGAUCAUUCUCCGACAAUGUUACUGAUGGCAAGUUGGAAUUAAAACAAACAGAAAUGACUGCUAGGAGUGACAUUAAUUCCGACAACUAACUCGUUCAUUAGAUCAUCAUAACUGUAUCAAUACAUGUAAGUUCUCAUCUUAACCAUACCUAAGCAUUAAUAUUAUUUUGAACCAUCUGCAGUGUAUAAUUUGUAUUCUAGGAACAUAUUCUGGAUCUAUAUUUAUUCACUGAAAUGGAAGGAAUUCUGCCGUAUCUCUCAA